GCAAACACCUGCUGGUUCGUUUGGCAGUACUUUUGGGGUAGCCUAUCUACUGUAUGUUUGUGAGAAUUAAAGGGGACAGGUUUUCCAGAGAAAACGAAACUAAGCUGGGUGCGGCUCCCAUUCAUUUGGAAAUAGGUAUUUCUUCACUCAUUUGCAGCGUGGAGUGCUGAAUGAACCGAACUUCCUUCUGAGUUUCCACAGCUUACAGAACAGAGAAAAGGCAUGGCCGUCCACCAGCAGCCAACCCAUGUGGUAUCAGUGAUGACCACUUCUACCCAAGGCCCUGGGACGUGGAGCACCGGCCUCUGCGAUUGCUGCAGUGAUAUGGGCACCUGUUGCUGUGGUCUUUGGUGUUUCCCCUGCAUGCAGUGUCAGACAGCCGCUGACCAUGGCUGGUGCUGCUGUAUGCCACUACUGGACGUCUGUUGUGUGGUGUCUUGCCUGCUCCGCUCGUCCAUCAGAGAGCGCCACGGCAUUCCUGGCUCAUGCUGUGACGACUGCUGCAAGUUGUACUGGUGUUACCCGUGUGUCUGGUGCCAGAUGAAUCGUGAGCUGAAGAUCAGGGGCAACCAUCCCGGCAACAGCGCUGUGAUCACCACACAGGUCAUCAGGGGAUAGGCAUAAGGCAUGUUUGCCAACCAUUAUCCUUAAUGUCAUAGUGCAUAAUGCCUACAACUCCAACUGUGUACUUUUGCAAAAAAACAUGACAUCUGCACCAAAUUUUAGCAGUUGGCACUGAGCACCUUCGCUUUGUGAAGUAGUGUUUUGUCAUUUGUAUUGCCUACAGUAGAUUUAGCUUCUUCUUCUUCUUUUAGAGUUAACUUUGGUGUUCAAAGCCUGAGAACCAUUGUAAAAGCAUGGCGUUUAGAGUUCAAUGUUAGCAUUUUAAUAUUCUGAUACUGUAGGAUGUUUGGCUAAUAAAAUAUUUUUAUUUCCGUUGACCAGAUCCAUCUAGCAUCUUUACCACAACAAAAUCACAUUAUUAUUAUUAUUAUUAUUAUUAUUAUUAUUAUUAUUAUUAUUAUUAUUAUUAUUAUUAAUAUUAUUUUGUCAACAGGCUAAAACUCUAGUAUGAAGUCUUCUUACUGAAGUGAGACCCCCUCACUUCUCUCUUUUAUCAUGAUGUGAAAGUUGGCCAAACUGUUGCAGAUACCGGACAUAGAAAGUGAGGUUGGAGCUGUCGGUUACUGAGUCAUUUCCUGGUUAGAGUCCUAUCAAUCAUACCACAUAAUCACAUAUUUUGGUUUGGUAUAUGAGAUAUUUGAUCAAAAUAUGUUUGUCAGUGAUGGUGUACUAGAUUCAUACAUCACUGAUUAUUAGGUGUGUUGAUCCAUAGUUGUUGCAUGAUUAAAUAUUCAAUUCUAUCAUUUAAUUACAAUAACUGCUUUUGAGCCAAACAUAAUAAAAGGUAAACGCA